AACUUUCUAGUACUUUCACUUUCUCUAUAUAAAACUCUAAACUCUAAUCAAAGCCCUUUAUCACAGAAAAAACAUUAGAAAAACGUAGAUAACUUAUAGACAGCAAAAAGAAGCGAUAGUGAAUAAACGAAACCAGCGGACGACAAAAUGGAAGAGAAGAAAAGCUCUGCGGUGAUCCGAGCAGUUAGCCACGACGAAGAGGGUCGAAAGAAAGUUGAAAGGACUAAAGUUCCCUCUCGUAAAAUAGACACCAUUAAGUACAUAGAGAGGAAGUUGGAGGACAAAGGGGUACAAAGGCUGGAAAGACACCCGGCUGAUGGGAUAGGGAUUGAUCAGCCGCCGCCGAAGUCGGGUCGUGGAGGGAAGUACACCUGGGAAGGGCCAGAUGGGUUGGCGGAGAACGAGCUGAUGGCGGCACCACCUGCUAUUGAUGAGAAGGAUCCUAACUACGUGGAUGAGGAAGAAGAAGAGAAGAUAGUGAGGGAUGAAAACAGCGACGUGGCUGAGCUUGUGGUUGGAGAAGUGGAAGUCGCUAAGGCUGCUGAGGCUCAGAAAGGGGUAGCUAGAGUUGAGCUUGAUCCUCACAUCAACCUCAACUGAUAUGGAUAUGUUAUGUUUUCUUUCGUCGUUCGAUUGCCUUUUGUGGUAAAUAACAACUGGUGCAAUUUCCUUGGUAUAUAUUGAAACAAUUAAAGAAUAACGCAAUAAGAAAAUUCGAAUUAGCCCUUUGCGGUUUUUUUUCCUUA